AAGCAUUUUUUUUAAAAAAAAAGUAUAGGUAAAUAUGGGUCUUAAACUAACUAAAUAAAACUUGUCCAUGGAGAAGCGCAACAAUGUAUUGCACAAUUUGCUAUUGAUCACUCCACAAUCAAUAUUCAAGUGCAUAGACCGUAACAUUUAAAGCAUCAUCACAUCGAGAAGAAUAGUCCGUUUCAGUUUCGCAAGUUAAUGAUAUUAUGGUUGCCAUGAAUUCUCCCAAGAGUUUUCUCAGAUUCUAUUAUUUUUUUGUUUUUAAUAUUUUUUGCCAAAAAAAUCAAUUGUAUAGGUUAAGUAAAUCUGUAAAAGCUGAUUAUUUAUUUCGAAUGAUAUUUAAAAAAAAAUAAAAAAAAAUAGGACCCAUUCGGGAUAUCCAUGGACAGGGGAAGGACAACUAAGUUUAAAUCAUGAAAGGUCAAGCUAUAUGAAUUGAGAAAAAACAAAAAAAAUUCAAUUAAUUAGUAAUACUUAAUACUUAUUUUUGAUAUAAUUAAAACUUAAUCGUUGUAAAGCACACGGACUCUUUAACUAAAUAUUUAAUUUAACUCAUCAAGUGUUGCGCCCAUGUGAUGUAAAAUUUCAUCCCUAUAAAUACACCAAAUGGUCCAAGAGCUUUCAUGCAUCAACACAUAAUACAUAUUCGCCUUAUAUAAUACAUAUUAGAAUUUUGUUUUUCUAAUUCUCGUCUCGGUUUUUUGAUCAAUGGCGAGAGUUAAUGUUUACCUUUUUGCAUUUAUCUUUCUUUUGACUAUUACUAUUGGUUCCAUUGAAGGCCGAACACUCACCAAGUCCACCGUAACGACGUCUGAGGAAAUCGGAGCUGAUGGCCCUGUGUUGCUGUCACCACCGGCUGAACCACUUGAGUCGCCGCCGAGCCACAGGGUUGAUACCUUCAGACCCACGGCACCUGGACAUAGCCCCGGUAUUGGACAUUCCGUACACAAUUAACGGAGAGGGAACAUCUAUAUAUUAAUGCUUUAUUUUAAAUAUUUUUGCCCCUUGUUGAAAAUAGGAUUGGGCUGUGUUAUCAUUUUUUUUCUUUUUCUGAAUAUGGAUAUUUAUCUCAUCUAUAUGUAUUUACGUACUGUUUCUUCAUAUUCAGUUUCUUGCAAGUGUGAUUCGAUCUGUGAUUGUAAUAAUUUUAGUUGAUUUAAU